GGAUAUUAAAUUCACAGUCAACUCCUCUGCUAGAGAGUAACAAUGGAGGUUGAGAUAAUAUCCAACCACUGCAUCAAACCCUCAUCACCAACACCCCAUCAUCUCAAAACCCACAAGCUCUCCCUUCUUGAUCAAUUAGGCUGUCAAGUACACUUCCCUGUACUCCUCUUCUAUCCCAUGAACCAAGUCACAACAGAGCUUGCAAAAAUUAAUGUUCUCUCUCAAAGAUCAUUAGUGUUAAAACAGUCUCUGUCCGAAACACUAACUCGCUACUACCCCCUCGCUGGGAAGAUUAAGGAUGAUCGUUCCAUUGAUUGUAACGACGAUGGGGCACAUUAUGUUGAGGCUAGAGUUAAUUGUGGUUUGCUUGAUUAUCUUAAGCAACCUGAUCUCUCAAAACUUCCUAAAUUCCUUCCCUAUGAGAACCAAUUUAGUGAGUUAGGAGGUCAUGUUGUUUUAGUACAAGAAAAUGUCUUUACAUGUGGUGGUGUUGCUAUAGGCACUGUUGUUUCACAUCGAAUUUUUGAUGGAGCAGCGGUAAGUAGAUUUCUAAUAACUUGGUCUGCAAUUGCUCGAAACUCGAGCGAAUCGACUACCCUUUUCCCUGAUUUAAAUGCGUCUUCAUUCUUCCCACAAAUUACUACACUCCCAAAAGAUUUACCUUCUAUGUCAAGUGUCUUUCUCAGAACAGGCAGAUCUAUUACCAGGAGAUUUGUGUUCGAUGGAUCCGCCAUAGCACACCUCAAGCACAAAUCAAGCAGCUCAAGCUUGCAGAACCCAUCACGAGUGGAGGUCGUGUCUGCGCUCUUCGUCAAUUGGAUGACGGCUGCUUGUAAUGCAAAGUUAGGUAUGUAUAAGCCUACUAUGAUAACACAUACAGUUAACAUGCGUCGAAGGGCAACGCCACCAUUUCCAGAAGGUAUUUGUGGGAAUUUUUGUUGCCUCGCAGCGACAUUAGUAGAAGGUGAGGAAACAGGAUUGCCUAGUAUGGUGCGCCGAAUAAGAGAAGGAAUAUCGAGAAUCAAUGGUGAUUAUGUGAAGAAACAGCAAGGGGAUGGAGGAUUGGACAGCAUUUUGGAGGGUAUUGAAGAGAUGAAAGAGUCAUUUUGUAGUGGAGCACCUGGUGGAACUGGACACAUUGGGGUCAAUAGUUGGUGUAACUUUGGGUUAUAUGGUGUUGACUUUGGGUGGGGAAAGCCUUUAUGGAUUCCCUACGUUGGGUUGGAGGAAUCUAAGACUCUGUACAAGAAUGUGAUUGUUCUCAUGGAUACUAGGCAGGUUAAUGGAGUUGAAGCAUGGGUGCGAUUGGAUGAACAAGACAUGGCUUUACUUGAACAAGAUAAGGAGUUCCUUUGUCUUGUCUCUUCAGAUCCAAGUCCUCUUGAUAUGGGUUACCCCAAUUCAAACCCUUGAAAAUUUCUGUAUGAUUGAAUAAAUCAGGUACUACCAUAACAAAAAAAGAAAGAAAUACUAGUAUGGGUUGUAAUUUGAUGUUUCUUGAGCAUGUGUGAAAUUCUGUCAUUCACUUUUCUGAUGGUUUCUUGAUUUCAUGUUCGAGUUGAAUUAUGUUGGUUAAUGUAGUUUGUAGUCACUGUAAGAUUAGUCACGUUUCAACUCGGCCAUAGGACUUUCCAACGUUUCAACUUAGUAAGUUGAAGUUUAAAAGUGUUCCAAUUAUGUUGGUUAAUGUAAUUUGUAGUCAUAGCAAGUUGAAUUA